UUAUCAGUAUUACCAGUCAUCAUUAGCGUCAUCAUUAGCGUCUCGUCAGUGCUGUCACCAUAUGUGUCGGGACAGCCAGCUUCUACAUUUACAAAACUUGUGAUGAAAUACAUGAUAGAAUCGGGAUAAAACCUUGAUAAAACAGAGACGUUUUAUCUUUGUCAUAAUUAAUUGUUUUAGUUGAACUCUGGUUACGAUUGACGCGGAUGGAUCUAUAACCUCUCUGAAAUAGUUCAACGAGUAUGGGCUACGUAUAUUACCAGUCGAGCCAAGGGGAGACACCAUCUUCGGAUAAAUGUAUUCCUGUCCCAAGGCAUAAUACAACAAUAAUAACCGAUGCAUAUGCAGGCAUUCCUGAGAAUUUAUUGCUAAACUUUUUUGGAUUUCUGAUCCUUGUUAUUUUGUUUGGUUUACUUCGUAAAAAAGCAUGGAACUAUGGACGUCUUGCAUUAGUAAAUAAAACGGAUGAAAGGUGGAUGGAAUUAUUUUAUGGAAAUAAUGAAGGCAGGGAUACUGAUGCUCUGUGCGUUGAAACUUCUGUUAAUUCUCAACUGUCACAAGUCGACAGAGGUUUCUUGUCAUGGAUCAUUACUGCAUUUAGAAUUACGGAUGAAGAACUGUUAACACGUGCAGGGCCAGAUGGUUUAUUGUAUAUAUCGUUUGAACGACACUUAAUCAUCGUAACAUGCUUAAUGGUUGCUGUAUCAUUAUGUAUAGCUUUACCAAUAAAUUUUCAUGGCAAUAUGCAAGGCGACACUGCAACAUUUGGUCACACAACAUUGUCUAAUUUAGAUCCAAUGUCUACGUGGAUUUGGGUGCAUACAAUUUUAAUUUUAUCCUACUUACCAGUCGGCGCAUACAUCAUGAGACAUUUCUUGAAAAAGGUACGUGAUUUAAGGCAUGGUGGCGAACUAGCAGCAAGGACGUUAUUAAUUACAGAAAUUUCAAAGCAACAAUGCAACGUGCAAGUUCUUACCGAAUACUUCAAACAAGUAUUUCCAACUUUGACGGUGGAAGAUAUUACAUUAGCCUACGAUAUUAGACGGCUUUCCGCUUUAAAUGCAGCAAGAGAUUGUGCCGAACAAGCCAGUUUAUAUUGCGAAAACUAUGCACGAAAAAGAGAACCAUUGAAAAUGUAUCCGUAUCCAUGCGGCCAAGUGAUAGGCUGUUGCUGUAAAAAUCAAGUUGAUGCGCAAGAAUUUUAUACUAACGAAGAAAUCCGAUUGACUGCGUUGGUUGAAGAAGAAAAGAAAGUAGCGCUGAGCAGACCUCUUGGAGUAGCUUUUGUAACUUUAGGUACACCCGGCGCGGCUAAAGCAAUGCGCAAGUAUUUAUCAACUCUACCUAAUAUAAAAUGGGUCGUAAAUUAUGCACCUACACCGUCGGACAUCUUUUGGGAAAAUUUAAGUAUACCACGACCAUGCUGGUAUCUGAACGCUGUUUUAAUAAACUUCGCUCUAGGCAUUGUGUUAUUUUUUCUUACCACACCAUUUGUAAUAGUAUCUGCUUUAAAUAAAUUGCCGAUCACAGGGGAGAUUAUGAAUCUCAGCCCAGUAGUUUCGUCUUUCCUUCCAACUGUAUUACUAGUUAGCGUGGCCGCUUUAAUGCCCGUGCUAGUAGCAAGAAGCGAAUCGUUAGUUAGACAUUGGACCAGGAGCAGUCUAAAUCGAGCAGUGAUGACAAAAACGUUACUUCUUUUACUACUGAUGGUCCUUAUAUUACCUAGUCUAGGUUUAACUAGUGCACAAGCAUUUUUAGAAUGGACUGUAAACGCAGCCAAUGAUACAGGGAGAUGGGACUGUGUAUUUCUACCUGACCAGGGUGCUUUAUUCGUAAACUACGUAAUUACUGCAGCUUUACUUGGAAGUGGAUUGGAAUUAGUAAGAUUUCCUGAAUUAGCUUUAUAUACAUUCAGAUUGUGUGUAGCUCGUAGCAGAGCUGAAAGAAUACACGUUAGAAAGGCAGUAUUAUGGGAGUUUCCCUUAGGUGCCCAUUAUGCCUGGCUACUCUUAGUCUUUACUAUGACGACAGUGUACAGUUUAGCUUGUCCGUUAAUUACACCCUUCGGACUACUGUAUCUUGUGGUGAAACAUUUGGUGGAUAGGCAUAACUUAUGUUUUGCCUAUGGACCAAGCGUUGGUGGUGGUCAACUGGCCGGAGCAGCGGCAAGCGCUACCGGAGCCGCACCAAUUUUGGCUCAGGCUGCGCUCUUGGCUUUAGGUUUAGUAAGAAGAGGGCUAUCGCCUUUAGCUGCGGUACAACUCAGUGGUCUCGCUGCAAGUAUUUUGGGUCUCGUGACUGGUGCCACUUUGCCUUCGUCCAAGUCUAAGGCACAAGUGCAUAAAAGAGACUUAUCGGCAGGUCAGAAUUUCGUAGCACCUGUACUACGAGAUAAACAGACCAUCUUAGAAGAGAUUUUGCCCGCGGAGGAGAAUGUUGAUAUUAAUGUAACAAAUUCGAUAGUAGCAAAUGAGCAAGCUUCGGCACAAGAGAGUCCGAAACUUUAUCAAAAUUAUGGCAAUGAAUCUCAUGCGUAAUAACGUUCGAAUAAGAUUAUUCAAAUCAAUUAUGCAAUAUACGAAAAAAGUAUUAAAAAGAUUUGAUGAAAGUACAGUGGAACACAUUGGACGCUUAUCGAUCAUGAAAGUGUAAUGUGUUGAUUUAUCGUACAAGUAUGAUAAUUAUAUUUCUUUGUAAAUGAAAA